GAUGAAAAUAACAGUGAGUAUAUAAUUAAUAAUAAAAAAAUUAGUAAAGAAGGAUUUAAAACUGUAACUUCUCCAAUAUGGUUAGAGAAAAAGCUUGAUAAAGAAAUUUCUGAAGCAAUCAGAUUUGUAAACAAGGUAAUUCAUGUGAAACAACUUUCAGAUACUGAAAAGGCUUGUUAUACAGCAGUUCAAUAUAUUUUCUAUCUGAUAUUAAAUGAGAAAAAAAAAAUUAAACCAUCAAAAGUAGUUACUGAAGUUAUUGAUAAUGGACCAUGGCUUGCUAGAUGUAUCAGAAAGUAG